AUGUUUACAUUCCGAUCCCUUCCGGAGCGAGCAUUUCUGGCUGGGGUGGGGUGAGAGCAAAACAGACAAAAACAUGCCCCAUUACGAUCGCACGCGUUGUUGGUAGUAGUGGUGAUGGUGUGAUGCAAGGAACAUGUUUACGAGGAGUGGGGGGAGGGAAGCAGCAACACGAUAGCACACGCACACAGUGAUGGCGCGCCGGAGAGCGAGCUAUGCGCGAGAUGGUGCGCUUUCACGUGCGUGAAUCGAAUACACCUCACACUUUCCCGUUAUCUGUACGCCAGAGCGUUUGCCGCGUGGACUCAUCGCGCAAGCCAGCCAGCCAGCCAGUCCCGUCGCGGAUGAGUCGAACGGACACGGUUUCAUCCUUGACGAUCCGCACCCGUGUCCUUGUGUAGCUGGAGUGACACAGCGCGACCAGACUCUUCCUAGUGAGUGUUAUACAGUGCUGAGGAUCAUAAGAAGGCGCAUGUGAGAGCCUUCUGAAAAGUCGCGAGUAGCUCGUAGUGCAACAAACCUCUGAACCCUCCCAACAAAAAGAUGUCCUUCCGAAGGGCACUAAAGUACGGUGUCGUGGGUAGCGCGGUGCUCGGCACCGGGCUCAGCCUGCACGCCAACGACUACGACAUCAACUCGGUCGGUAUCGUGCGGCUCGGGCGUGCCGGAGCGACCGUGUUCGACAUUGCCACCACCUACCAGGCGAACCUGUACAGCCGCGAGUGGACCGACAAAAAGUCCGCCGAAUACCUCAAGGUGAAGAGUGACACACACCGGGCGGCGGCUGAGCGGCUGCUCGAGCUGUGCCGCACCAACCGGGGCGUGUACAUCAAGGUCGGCCAGCACAUCGGCGCCCUCGAGUACCUGCUGCCGGCGGAGUACGUCAGCACGAUGAAGGUGCUGCACAGCAACGCACCGCAGAACCCGGUCGAGGAUCUGUACCGCGUGAUUCGGCAGGAUUUGCGCGUCGACCCGAGCGACCUGUUCGAAUCGUUCGAUCCGGAACCGCUCGGGACGGCUUCGCUCGCCCAGGUGCACCGGGCGACGCUGAAGGAUGGGCGCGAGGUGGCGGUGAAGGUGCAGCACCCGUACGUGAAGGGCAACUCGAUCGUGGACAUCAAGACGAUGGAGGUGCUGGUGAAGCUGGUCGCGUGGACCUUCCCCGACUUCAAGUUCCAGUGGCUGGUGGACGAAUCGAAGCGCAACCUGCCGAUGGAGCUGGACUUUGCGAACGAGGGCCGCAACGCGGAGAAGGUGAGGGAGAUGUUCCGCCACUACCGGUGGCUCAAGAUCCCGGGCGUGAUCUGGGAGUACACGACACCGCGCGUACUCAUGAUGGAGUACACGAAGGGUGGUCAGGUGAACGAUCUCGAGUACAUCCAGCGGGAAAAGCUCGACCCGUACGACAUCGCGAACAAGAUCGGACAGCUGUACUCGAACAUGAUCUUCCUGAAGGGGUUCGUGCACAGCGAUCCGCAUCCGGGCAACAUUCUGGUGCGGCGCGGCGAGCAGAACGGCGGCACGGAGAUUGUCCUGCUCGACCACGGGCUAUACGCGGAUCUGACGGAAAAGUUCCGCUACAACUACUCCAAGCUGUGGCUGAGCAUACUGCGCGUCGACCAGGAGGGCAUGAAGAAGUACGCCCAGGCGCUCGGCGUCGAGGGCAGCAUGUGGGGCCUGUUUGCGUGCAUGGUGACGGGCCGGCCCUGGAACUCGGUCAUCCACGGCGUGGACAAGGUGAAGCAGGACGAUGCGGAGAAGGAAAUGAUCCAGAACGAGGGCAAGCUGGUGCUGCCGCACAUCUCCGACGUGCUCGAGAAGGUGGACCGGCAGAUGCUGCUGGUGCUGAAAACGAACGAUCUGAUCCGGGGCAUCGAGACGACGCUGCGCACCCAGAACCGCAUGACCGCGUUCUGGGUCAUGUCCAAGUGUUGCGUGAAGAGCAUCGGCAGCCAGGAGUAUCUCACCGCCGGCGACACGUGGAGCAAGCUGACCACCUGUCUGCGCGAGCAGUGGUGCAUACUGAAGCUGAACCUGUACUACCUCUACCGGGGGCUCGUAUCGCUCCAUCUGCUGUCCGCGCUUAAGAUGAUCUUCUAAGCGGGAGAACGAGCGAAACACACACACACACACAUACUCCAGCAACACUAACUCAGGAAAAUGAUUGAUUUUGCUACCGUGUGCGAUUUGCAACCACAAUGGUUGUACGCAGUGGUGGACGAUCGUCAUUAGGAGUGGGGGAAGGGGGCACCUUUUUCGGGUGGCAGUAUAAUUAGCGAAGGUUUUUUCUGUAAUCGCCGUUUUGUGCGGCUCUUUUCCGUACGCUUUUAGCUAAUGUUGCUUUUUUUUUGGUUAGUUUUCUGUUACUAUCGUGAGCCAGUAUCCAGCCAAGCCAAGAUUUCUUGUGUUAUUUAUUACAUUUAUUCUACGUCCUUUCAAGGUGGUAGCCGAUUUCUUAAUGUGCUGCCCGUUUCAUCAUUAGAAGGAAUUUAGUUAAUUGUAAUUUUGUUUUGUUUUUUUUUUUUUUUUGUUCGCAGUCGAUAGUCGCAUCACUGCCGGGUACGGGUCAAGGUCAGCUUUAGCUAAAGCUAAAGCUGGUAAUUAAGUGUUCAUAGUAUGUAAAGCCGCAGGGAAAACUGCUUCCGAAACGUUAACUUUGCUUUCGUGGGCAUUAUUGUGAAGAAAUAAAUGAUAAAGACAACAAAGAAGAAAACGCUUGUGUACUUAUUU